ACUCGUAAAAGUAGCGCUGGCUUUUGGUCAGUCAGCCUGUCAGUCUUCGUGUUGUUUGAGUUCUAAUGAGGAUGUCAGUGCGAAAAUAGUCCGUGUCGGGGUUGUUCAAGGUUACUAAGAGUCCGGAGGGGGACUACCUGCAAGCUUAAAAACAGGAUGUUUCCCAGAAUGCUGUUGGGCGUCCUGUGGUGCGUCAGUGCUUUGGCCGCUGAAAACGACACAACCCAGCAGACUCUGCCGCUGCUGCUGGUGUCGUUUGAUGGCUUCCGUGCCGACUACCUGGACAGGUUCCCCAUGCCUAAUCUGAAGCUCCUGUACAGCCAGGGGGUCCUGGUGGACCAACUCACCAAUGUCUUCAUCACCAAAACAUUUCCCAAUCACUACAGCCUGGUGACCGGGCUGUAUGCAGAGUCUCACGGGAUCCUGGCCAGUAGCAUGUAUGACCCCAUCAGCCACAAGCGCUUCACCCUCCAGAACGACAGUGACCCCAUGUGGUGGAGCGCGGCUCAGCCCCUGUGGCUCACGGCGAAGGACUCUGGCUACAAGACGGCGUCCGCCAUGUGGCCCGGCUCCGACGUGACCAAUCGGACGGCUACGCACUUCUUCCCAUACAACCCAGCAGUGACGUUCCAGCAGCGCCUGGGGAACGUGACAGACUGGAUAUUAGGAGACGGGAAGGAGCCAGGAGUGAUGUUCGCGACUCUUUACUGGGAGGAGCCGGACCGGUCGGGUCAUGCGUUCGGUCCUGAAAACACCACAGCAAUGACUAAAGUACUAAAGGAGGUUGACGACAACAUCGGCCUGCUGAUGUCUGAGCUGAAGAAGAGCGGCCUCUGGGGUCGCAUCAACCUCAUAGUGACCAGCGACCAUGGCAUGGCGCAGUGCUCCGCCGAUCGUCUCAUACGGUUGGACGACUGCCUCCACCCUGACAACUACACUCUGGUGGACCUGACGCCAGUUGCCGCUCUCAUCCCCAAAAACGACUCAGAGAGUGUCUUCAGCUUGCUGAGUAAGUGCCAUCCUCACAUGACAGCGUACAUGAAGAAAUCCAUACCGGAUAGGCUUCACUAUCGGAACAAUGUACGCAUCCAGCCAAUCCUACUAAUCGCUGAUGAAGGCUGGACCAUAGUGAAGCGGGGAAACAAGCUACCAAGAUUGGGUGAUCAUGGGUACGACAACUCGCUGCCCAGCAUGCACCCCUUCCUGGCAGCAACGGGUCCCGGCUUCCAUCAAGGUCUCCGGUUGAAGAGUUUAGAGAGCGUGGAUGUUUACCCGCUCAUGUGCCGGCUUCUGUCGGUGCCGGCGCAGCCCAACAACGGCUCUUUGACCAGGGCUCGGUGUCUUCUUGCCGGCGAGACCUGCUGGGACAUGGCUUUGGUGAUCGGUCUGGUGGUGGGCGUCUUGCUGCUGCUCACUGUCAUCACUGUUCUUUUCAGGUGCAUGGGCACUCGUCGUAGCUCAGACCCCAGGCCCUUCCAGAGGUUGGACUUUCUUUGUGACGAUGACGAACCUUUGAUCCCAUGAACCACUGAGUGAUCUACUUGUGCUUCUCUUAGUGCACCUUGUUUUGUUUUCUCCUCCCAUGUUGUUUCACUUCAUCACAUACAAGGAGAAAUCCCUCAGGUUUGCUUCACUCGGUAUGAAGUGGAGUUAGAACUGCUGUUACAGUGGAUACUGUUUGUUUGAUUUGGAUAAUGUGAUAAAAGACAGACCCAGAUGUACUUCAUUGACAUUUAUCAGGUUUUUCAGGUUACUUUCAAUGUGAGCGCCAUGGAUUUGGGCAUGUGGGUUCUAUUUUUUGCCAGCAGAGGGAGCCAGUGGCUUAUUCUUAACCCUAUUUAUCACCUUAAAGCUUGUCAGUUAAAAAUAUAUAUUUUUUCCAUUAGUUUUUUAUUUUAUUUUAAAAGCAAUUGCACUAAAAGUUAAGAGAUGUACGACUACUAAUGGACUUCCUUGCUGAAAUCAAAAUGGCAUCAGGGUGGGCUUCUUGGCAAGUUAGUCAUAUAAAUACCAAAGAAGAUUUUGUCAUUGGCUUCCUUUCUGAUUUUUGGUUAAAACUUGAUGAGGUCUGGUUCCCUUAAUAAGGGGCAGCGGACUGUUUUGCAGGGAUCAAAAACUGAAUCGUUGCUGCUGAAAGCUCAAAAAAUGUGUAGAUGUUCUUAUUUUCAGAUCAAACAUAUCUACUGGAAACCCUACGAAGAUAGUAGGCAAUCAUUGUGCUCGAAUCAUUAAUGUAAUUUCAAAAUUGCAUAAUGUAUGGAUGAAUAAGUCUUUGAAAGUGAAAGAAAUAGAAGAUGAGUUUUCUCUUGUGCAUUCCUGAUUUUGGAUUAUGUUUCAGAAACCAAUAUAUUGAAUAUCUCACACUUUUUUUUCAUGCUGUACGAAUUGCGUGGAUCCUCAAUCAUAUAUGUAGUUGUAUAAAUGUUUUUUCUUCAUCAAUGUACUUGUAAGAGGAUAUCUGGUUACUGAAACAGAAGAAAUGCAUAAAUGAGUUGAUGUUUUGGUCAUUCUUAGAAUAUUUUGUUACAUUUAUUUUUAAAUCCCUCUCCUUAAUUAUUGACACCCCUGGAAAAGAUGAGUACAAAACCUUAAAAUACUUCUCAUUAUUUUAAACCUUAUUAUUCUGAUUAAUUUAUUUUCUCCAAUAUUUGAUUGGCAUGUUUUCUUGUCUUUACUAUUUUGAAGAGAGGAAAAGAAAAAUGGGGACACUACAAAACUUCAAUAUUAUUUCCCAGAGAUAUAGGAAGUAAUAAGACUAUUAAAAAAAACCCCAAAGAUUAUAAAAGUGCCUCAGUUUCUAAGAGUUUCAUUUGGCAGUUUUACAGCAGUGUUUGGUCAAAGCUAGUUUUAUUGUUCUGUUUUUUUUUCCAAGAAUUCAAUGUGAGAUUAUGCAACAGAAUUUUUUUAUUUAUUUUCUGACUUUUUGUACAUAUUUACUAGGGCUGUCAAUAAUUAAAUUUUACCAUAAAAAUUCCAAAUAUUCAUUUUUGAUUGAAUACAUUUCAAAAGUGACUUUUUGACAAUCUGGUAUGUUAUGACAGCUUCACCUUUGCACAAAAUUUGUUAUUGCUUUUAGAAAGGAAAAUAUUUUGGUAUUAUACCGGCCUGUAAAGAGAUUUUUUGUAUUAAAUAAAUGUGAUUUAUUACUAGAA